AUGGACCGGCUGGUGGAAGCGACGUUGAAAUAUGGCUUGAUACCACCUGUCGUCAUGGAAUUUCCGGGCAUCACAGCUGGCGGAGGCUACGCAGGAACCGCUGGUGAAAGCAGUUCCUUCAAGCACGGAUUUUUCGACCGCACCAUAAAUUUCGUCGAAAUGGUGCUGGCCGAUGGCAGCGUGGUCAAAUGCUCAGAGAAGGACAUGCCAGAUUUAUUCAAUGGAGCAGCUGGAGCAUUGGGCACUCUUGGAAUCACAACAUUACUUGAGCUUAAUCUGAGGCGAGCAACUAAGUACGUUGAGGUGACCUACCAUCCCGUUUUCAGUGUUGCCCAGGCGGUCGAACAAAUCCAAGAAAUGACCCUUGAUUCCUCCCUCGAUUACGUUGACGGGAUUCUUUAUUCUAAGACAGAAGGUGCCCUGAUCACUGGACGUAUGACGGAUAACCCACGGCCAGAUACUGCUGUCCAGACCUUUAGUGAUGCUAGAGACCCUUGGUUCUACCUGCAUGUUCAAGAAAAGAUUUCUAAACAAGCAGGCCCAGUUGUCGAGACAAUCCCGCUGCCAGAGUACCUAUUCCGUUAUGACCGUGGUGGUUUCUGGGUUGGAACUUCAGCAUUUAAAUAUUUCAAGAUGCCAUUCAACAAGUUCACCAGAUGGUGGCUUGACGACUUUCUCCAUACGCGAAUGAUGUAUACUGCGCUUCAUGCGAGCGGUCAAUCUCGAAACUAUGUGGUGCAAGAUCUUGCACUUCCAUAUGAUUCAGUAGAGGAGUUCAUCGACUACACUGAUCAAGCUUUCGGCAUCUAUCCCCUUUGGCUCUGUCCCUUGAAGCAGAGCCGCGGCCCUACGAUGCAUCCUCAUGUGUCACGGCUUGGAGGAGACGGCAAGACACCAAUCCCAAUGCUCAACAUUGGCUUGUGGGGAUCGGGUCCUUCCAACUACGACUACUUCGUUCGUUUGAAUCGAGAUCUCGAGCGAAAACUACGAGAAUUAAAAGGAAUGAAGUGGUUGUAUGCGCAUACCUACUACUCGGAAGAUGAAUUUUGGCAGCAGUUUGAUCGCGACUGGUACAGGUCCCUUCGAACCAAAUAUCAGGCCACUUCGCUGCCGGACGCUUACGAAAAGGUAAGGAGUGAUAUAAAGGCAGAGAAACAAUUGGCGAAAUCAUCUUUUGGGCAGAAGUUCUUGCAAACAUGGCCUUUUGGUGGGCUGUAUGGUAUCAGGAAGGCUAUCGAAAGUGGUUCAUAUAUCCAAUCCAGGAAAUCAACGUGGAAGCAGUGGCCUAUUCAGGACAAAAUCAAGGAUGGCAAGGUUGAAUAG